AGUCUUUGAGCAGCUAUUGGCUAGUAAUUAGGAUACAGCGCGUAUAUUGCAUGGCAGUGGCUGCCAAUUGUAAACAUAAGAUAUGCGCGAUGAUUUUUUUUAAGGGAGGGGCUAAAACUCGCCAGUAGUUUUAUUCAAUAAGGAUCUUGCAAUUGAAGUACUGCGUCUAUUCUGCUUGCUUCUGUGGCUGUUUUGAAAUCCAACAAAAUACCAAACUUUACUCGCCAUCUGUGCAGGUGCUGUGACGCAGGCCGAGGCAGGAGCUCUAGAGCACGGACAGACUCCACAUUCUCUCCAGCCUGAAAGGGGGAGCAUGGAUCCAGUGGCCAUUAUGGAAGAUGACUUUGAACGUCGCCGGGAGAUGAGGAGGCAAAAGCGCGAGGAGAUGCGUCUGGAGGCGGAGAGAGUGAGCUACCAGAGGAAUGACGAUGACGAGGAAGAGGCAGCUCGAGAGCGCAGACGCAGGGCCCGGCAGGAGAGACUGCGCAACCGGGAGAACGAGGAGAACGUCGCCACGGCGACGGAGAGCACCGAGAUCAACAACACCAACAGUGUGACGGAGACGGUAACCACGGAGACCGAGCCAGCCACCGAGGACGACCAGGUGCUCCUGGACCGGCUGGCAAAGCGGGAGGAGCGCAGGCUGAGGAGGAUGAAGGAGGCGCUGGAGAGGCAGAAGGAGCUGGACCCCACCAUCGCCGACGGCAACGGGGAGACCCGGGAGGAGCCGUCUGAGGGGCGCAGGGGGCGGGGCCACGGCGAGGAGGGCGGGGAGGCGCCCGAAACCAACACCUGGAAAGAGGAGAAGAAGCAGGAGGUGGAAGAGGAGGUGCAGCCUCAGGAAGAGGAGGUGGCCGUGGAGGAGGAGAAGGAGGAGGAACCCGCAGCCGAGCCAGAGGAGCCAGGGGAGGAGGCACCGCAGGAGGAGGUGGAGGAGGAGAAACCCAGGAGGUCCUACCUGAGAGAACAGGAAGAGGUAGAAGAACAAACUGUCACAUCAAAUAAAAAGGUUGAAGAAAUAGUUAUUAUUUCAAACACAGAGGUUGAAAAAUCAUUACCACCGAAAGUGGAGGUUGAAGAAAAAUCAGAAAUAGCAAAGAAAGAGGUUGAGGAAGAACCUUCCAUUACAAAACCAGAGGCUGAAGAACCACCGGUAACAUCAGAGGAAGCUAAACCUGUUAUAUCAAUGAAAGAGGUUGAACAGGAGCUUGUGAUAACCAAACAUGAGGUUGUGGAGAAAACGGUGGUAGCAAAGGAAGACGUUGAAGAGAAACCUGUUAUAUCAAAUAAAGAGGUUGAAAAAAAACCUGUGGUUGCAAAAGAGGUUGAAGUCAAAUUGGUGAUAGCCAACAAAGAGGUUGAAGAGAAACCAGUGACAACAAAGAAAGUGGUUGAAGAGAAACCAGUGACAACAAAGAAAGUGGUUGAAGAGAAACCAGUGACAACAAAGAAAGUGGUUGAAGAGAAACCAGUGACAACAAAGAAAGUGGUUGAAGAGAAACCGUUGAUUGCAAAGAAAGAGGUUGAAGAGAAACCGGUGAUAGCAAAAAAAGACAUUCACGAGAAACCUAAGAUAGGGAAGAAAGAGGUUGAAGAGAAACCGGUGAUAACAAAGAAAGCAAUCGAAGAGAAACCUGUUUUAUCAAAGAAGGAAGUUGAAGAGAAACCGGGGAUAGGAAAGAGAGGUUUUCAAGAGAAAUCUAUGACAGCAAAGAAAGAGGUUGAAGAUAAAUCUUUACUAUCAAAGAAAAAGGUUGAAGAAAAAACGACUUUAUCAAAAAAAGAGGAGGCAAUAGAGGAGAAAUCUAAAAGGCCCUUCAUGAGAGAACAGGAGGCUGUGGAGGAAAAGACAAAAAGGUCAAUCCGAAAAGAGGAGGUGUUUGAGAAGAAGGUGAAGGACCUCACCCCACCGCCCAGGCAGCAGAACGGAGGGGUCCACGACAACGCCGCAAAGCACAAGAAACCCGAGAGAACUCCAAGCCGCAGCAGCGCUCGUUCUCCAGAGCAGGAGGAGCAGGACGACGCGGCGCGCCAGGAGGCGGAGCGGAAGCUGGAGGAGCUGAAGCGUCGCCGUGACGACGCGGAGAGCGAGGAGUUUGAGAAGAUGAGACAGAAGCAGCAGGAGGCCGAGGCCGAGCUGGAGGAGCUGAAGAGGAAGAGGGAGGAGAGGAGGAAGGUUCUAGAAGAGGAGGAGAAACGGAGGAAGCAGGAGCGCGAGGAUAAGAAGGCCAAGGAAGAGGAGGAGAAGAGGAAGAUGAAGGAGGAGAUCGAGAGGAGGAGGGCGGAAGCCGCAGAGAAGAGGCAGAAGGUGGAGGACCUGGGCGAAGGAGAGACCAAGAAGCCGUUUAAGUGCGUCAGUCCCAGAGGCUCCUCUCUCAAGAUUGGGGAGAGGGCAGAGUUCUUAAACAAGUCCGCUCAGAAAAGCACGGUGAAGCCGACGCACGUUCCCGUCGUCUCAAAGAUCGACAACCGCCUGGAGCAGUACACCACAGCGCUUCAGUCCAGCAAGGAUCCCAAAUCGCCCAAGUCAGCCGCUCCGGACCUGCCGGUUGUGACAGACGGGAUCCGGAACAUCAAGAGCAUGUGGGAGAAAGGGAACGUGUUCAGCUCUCCCGGGAGUCCCGGGAAUACCAACAAGGAAGCCGUGGGCAUGAAGAUAGGUGUGGCGGGGCGCAUCAACGACUGGCUGAACAAGACGCCCGAGCCUGGAAAACCGGCCGGCGCCAUGCCCGCGGACCUGAAGCCUGGUGAUGUCACCAACAAGCGCAGCCUAUGGGAAAACAAGGGUUCCUCCCCGACCAAGGUGGCAGUCGGAGGCAAGAGUAAAGCGGUCACCAAUGGUAAGGGCCAUUUCUCACCCGUGUGCUUUGAGUGCGGGUGUGUGUGUGUGUGUGUGUGUGUGUGAGAGUGUAGGUUUGAGAGAGUGUGUGUGUGUGUGUGUGUCGGUGUGUGUGUAUGAGCUCUGUCAAAGGACAUGUUUUACGAGCCAGCAUGUAUGGUGACUAUGUGGUGCACUAUUCUCUCUCACUCACGUUGUCGCUCUCUCUGACUGUCUGUCUCUCUCUCUGUCUCACUCUUGCUCUUUCACUCUCACAUCCUCUGUCUCUCGUUUUCAAUCGUUCUCUUUAUAACUCUCCUUCUCAGACUGUCAUUGUCUCUCUGUCUCUUUCCAUCUCUCUUUCAGUCUCUUUAUGUCAUCCUAUCUCUCUCCUUUCUCUUUCUAUCUUUCUCUCUCCGUCCCUGCGGCGUUGGCAGGUGCCGGGCAGGUUACUCCACAGUAAAUCAAACUUGUUUUGUCGUAGAUCUUUGUGGAAAUGUCAGUGCUGCCACAUUCUGCUCUAAAUUUAAAUUCACCCCUC